AUGGUCAUGUUCCCCGGGUAUUUAAACCGCAGCCAUACCCAUGGGCAUCAGACAGCUCCUUGGUGGUGGGUCAACAUGAAUGCUCUGACUGUGAUUUCGGUGGCGACCCUCGUGGCUAGCGGUAGCGCCUCCUUGCUUGCGUACAACGGCGUAUAUGGAGGCCAUCACGGCCUUCUUGGCGCCUAUCCUUACGCAGGGUAUUCUGGUGUGGUGCCCUACGCAUACGCAGGUGGCCUUCCCGCAGCUGCUUCUCUCACCAUCAAAACACCUGUAAUCAAGACCUUGGCUCCUACACCUAUCUCUUACAACGUGGCUCCUGCACCUGUCUCUACAACGUAG